AUGGUGAAGCUGCACAACUGGCUAAUGGUGUGGCUGAUACAGCUGAAGACAUGUUGCGGAUUUGGAGAUGCGACAGCUGAUGUGGCUGAUGCAGCAGAAGAUGUUGCUGAUGCAGCUGGAGAUGUUACAGCUGAAGUGGAUGAUGCAGUUGGAGAUGUGACAGCUGAAGUGGAUGAUGCAGCUGAAGAUGUUGCUGAUGCAGCUGGAGAUGUGACAGCUGAAGUGGAUGAUGCAGUUGGAGAUGUGACAGCUGAAGUGGAUGAUGCAGCUGAAGAUGUUGCUGAUGCAGUUGGAGAUGUGACAGCUGAAGUGGAUGAUGCAGUUGGAGAUGUGACAGCUGAAGUGGAUGAUGCAGCUGAAGAUGUUGCUGAUGCAGCUGGAGAUGUGACAGCUGAAGUGGAUGAUGCAGUUGGAGAUGUGACAGCUGAAGUGGAUGAUGCAGCUGAAGAUGUUGCUGAUGCAGCUGGAGAUGUGACAGCUGAAGUGAAUGAUGCAGCUGAAGAUGUUGCUGAUGCAGCUGGAGAUGUGACAGCUGAAGUGGAUGAUGCAGCUGAAGAUGUUGCUGAUGCAGCUGGAGAUGUGACAGCUGAAGUGGAUGAUGCAGUUGGAGAUGUGACAGCUGAUGUGGCUGAUGCAGCUGAAGAUGUUGCUGAUGCAGCUGGAGAUGUGACAGCUGAAGUGGAUGAUGCAGUUGGAGAUGUGACAGCUGAAGUGGAUGAUGCAGUUGGAGAUGUGACAGCUGAUGUGGCUGAUGCAGCUGAAGAUGUUGCUGAUGCAGCUGGAGAUGUGACAGCUGAAGUGGAUGAUGCAGUUGGAGAUGUGACAGCUGAUGUGGCUGAUGCAGCUGAAGAUGUUGCUGAUGCAGCUGGAGAUGUGAUAGCUGAAGUGGAUGAUGCAGCUGAAGAUGUUGCUGAUGCAGCUGGAGAUGUGACAGCUGAAGUGGAUGAUGCAGCUGAAGAUGUUGCUGAUGCAGCUGGAGAUGUGACAGCUGAAGUGGAUGAUGCAGCUGGAGAUGUGACAGCUGAAGUGGAUGAUGCAGCUGAAGAUGUUGCUGAUGCACUGAAGAUGUUGCUGAUGCAGCUGGAGAUAUGA